AUGGAGGCAAAGAUUUUCAUGGCUAGAGUCGCAGACCAGGCAGAGAGAUACGUUGACAUGGUUGAUUUCCUUGAGCAGAUAGUUGAUGAGAGCGAUGGUGAUGUCAACACUGAUGUAAGAAACCUUCUCAGUGUCGGAUUCAAGAAUUUGAUCUCAGGACAAAGAUCAGCAUGGAAGACAGUCCAAGCCAUUGAGCAGAAUAAGAAGUAUGCUGAUUACCAAGCUGACUGUGAAAGCUACAGAGGAAAGAUUGGAGAAGAAUUAGCUUCCAACUGUGAGAAGGUUGUCAAUAUUGUGAAGAACAAAUGUCUUGUUAAGGCUCAAGAAGAUGAAGCAAAAGUAUUCUACCUUAAAAUGAUUGGUGACUACUACAGAUACACCGCUGAAUCCGCCACUGGUGACCAACUUGCCGCAGUUACCGAGAAUGCUCUUAAAUACUAUGAUGAAGCAACUAAAGCAGGAGAGAAUUUGAAGCCAUACAACUCUACCAAGUUGGGACUGGCUCUCAACUUCUCGGUGUUCCACUAUGAACUGAAGAAUGACUCCUCAAAGGCUUGCUUAAUUGCUGAAGAAGCUUUGAAUGGAGCUAAAGAGAAAAUCGACGAUAUGGAUAACGAAGAGGCUAGAGACGCUCUCUCCAUCAUCGAGCUCCUUAAGGAGAACCUCGACCUCUGGAAGGAAGAAGAGGGCAACGAUGACAACGACGAAUAA